CUUCCGCUGCUGUGGGACUGUGUGGAACCGACAGUGAACGCAGCACAUGUCUGGCUGUGCCACAGCUGCCGUGUGACCCCCACAAAGCCCUCCUCACUCUCCCUGAACUGCUGGACAUCGUAGGUGGGGCAAAAUAGACUUGGGGACCCCCCAAGAAUGUAUGAAGACUUGGUUCUGUCCCCUGGCUCUACCACGCCACUCUGGGGGCUCUGGUGAUCCCCUCAGAACCUCCCUGCAGCCACCUGCGCAGCAGGAGUGUACCACACUUCUGGAUAACAGGGCAGCAGGCUUCCGUGCCCUGGUCCCAGUGGGUUCACACAGGAGUCCAAGGAGGUGGCCUGCUCCAGCAGUCUCGGGGAAGACUGACCAUAGGUGUGUGCAGUGUGUUGAGGAGUGCUCGCCAGUCUACACAGCUGUUUUUCAGGAUCCGCCUCCCCAGGGAAGGUGUGGCGCUCCUACUGGACGAGCCAUGAAGAAUCGGUUCGUGGUGCUGGGCCUGGUGGCCGUGGCGCUGGUUUUUGUCAUCAUUGCCCUCUGCAUCUGGCUGCCCUACACAUCUAGGAAGCCCGACCAUGUGUACUCCAGGGCAGCAGUGGCCACAGACGCCAAGCGCUGUUCAGAGAUUGGGCGGGACAUACUACAAGAAGGUGGCUCCGUGGUGGAUUCAGCCAUCGCAAGCCUGCUCUGUAUGGGGCUCAUUAACGCCCACAGUAUGGGCAUCGGGGGCGGCCUGUUCUUCACCAUCUACAACAGCACCACACGGAAAGCUGAAGUUAUCAAUGCCCGGGAGGUGGCUCCCAGGCUGGCCACCACCACCAUGUUCAACAGCUCGAAAGACUCUGAAGAAGGUGGCCUUUCAGUGGCAGUUCCUGGUGAAAUCCGUGGCUACCAGCUGGCACACCAACGGCAUGGGCGACUACCCUGGGCUCGCCUCUUCCAGCCGAGCAUUGAGCUAGCCCGCCAUGGCUUCCCUGUGGGCAAGGGCUUGGGAAUGGCCCUGGUCAGUAAACAGGAAGUCAUUGAGCAGACACCUGCCUUGUGCGAGGUGUUCUGCCGGCAAGGGAAGGUGCUUCGGGAAGGAGAGAUAGUGAAGAUGCCGAGGCUAGCCGAUACGUUGGAGAUCCUGGCCAAGGAAGGCGCCCAGGCCUUCUACAAUGGGAGCCUCACAGCCCAGAUUGUGAAGGACAUCCAGGAGGCUGGGGGCAUCAUGACGGUCAAGGACCUGAAUGACUACCGUGCUGAGCUGAUUGAGAACCCGAUGAGCAUCAGCCUUGGGGACUCGACCCUGUAUGUGCCCAGUGCCCCGCUCAGUGGACCGGUGCUGGUUCUCAUCUUGAACAUCCUCAAAGGAUACAACUUCUCUCCGAAGAGCGUGGCAACCCCUGAAGAGAAGGCACUGACCUACCACCGCAUCGUGGAGGCCUUCCGGUUUGCCUAUGCCAAGAGGACCAUGCUUGGCGACCCAAAGUUUGUCGAUGUGUCUCAGGUGAUCCGCAACAUGAGCUCAGAGUUCUACGCUUCUCAGCUUCGGGCCCGAAUCUCUGAUGGAAUCACUCAUCCAACCGAGUACUACGAGCCCGAAUUCUACAUUCCUGACGACGGCGGCACUGCUCACCUGUCCGUGGUUUCAGAGGAUGGUAGCGCCGUGUCUGCCACCAGCACCAUCAAUCUCUAUUUUGGCUCCAAGAUCCUUUCUCGGGUCAGUGGUAUCCUGUUUAAUGACGAGAUGGAUGACUUCAGCUCACCCCAGUUCAGCAACCAGUUCGGGGUGUCCCCCUCACCAGCCAACUUCAUCAAGCCAGGGAAGCAGCCGCUUUCAUCCAUGUGUCCGUCAAUCAUCGUGGAUAAGGACGGCAAGGUGCAGAUGGUGGUGGGCGCCUCAGGAGGCACACAGAUCACUACAUCCACCGCACUGGUAUAUGCCUUGGGCCCGCCCCUUCCCGCCCCUCUCUCCCUGCCCUUGUUCUGGGGCUGUGCUGACCUCUUGGCUGCCGUCUCCCUGCAGGCCAUCAUCAACAACCUGUGGUUUGGCUAUGAUGUGAAGAGAGCCGUAGAGGAGCCCCGGCUGCACAACCAGCUUUUGCCCAACACCACAACAAUAGAGAAGGACAUUGAUCAGGUGGUGACUGAAGGCCUGAAGACUCGGAAUCACUACAUGGAGGUCACGCCCACCUUCAUUGCUGUGGUUCAGGCCGUCUCCCGAACAGCCAAUGGUUGGGCAGCUGCCUCAGACUCCAGGAAGGGCGGGGAGCCAGCUGGCUACUGAGUGCUCAGAAGAAGCAAGACCCACCUGCAAUCCAGAGACAAGAUAUUGAUCAGGAACAAGAGUUGGACUUUGGAAGGCGUGCUGCCGCUGAGUGAGACAGAGCGGCGUAAUAAAUGCGGCCAACUGCCAAGCUCUGGGAAGUCUUGCUGGUUGGACUUUCCAUA